GGACAUGUGCACCCCGGCCCCUGAGUGCGAGCUGUGCGGGGAGCUGAGUCCCCGGAGCGGCGAGCGCCGCCGCUUCGCUGUCCGCACCGCCUGCACCGUCCCCGGCGUGCUGAGCGGAGUCCGCCUCCUGCAGCAGCAACUCCAGGUAGCUCUCAGCGAGCUCGUCCUGCAGGAGAAGCGACAGCAGCAAGGGCAGAGCUGCCCGGAAAGCCCGGCCUCCAGCACAGCCGAUGAAGAUGAAGGUGACAGUGAAGACGAAUCGGCUGAUAAAGGAGAUGGAGAUGCACCUCCUUCCAAAAGGACCAGGAAACAAUGUUGACUUUACCCUCUGAAGCCGUCUGACUGCUCCAGUUUGUUUGAGGUGCUGCAAUGACUUCCUUUAAAAAGUCACCAGUUUAAAUUGAGGCUCCUCUUCAUGGCUACGCCACUUUUUCUACGACUUAAAGAUAUUUUUAAAAUAGACAAGUUUGUUUCUUAUGUAAACCAUAAAAAGUGACAUUUCUAUAAUCUUGUUUUUUUCUUCAGAGAAAAUGAAAUCUGGGUGAUGAGGACAGAUCUCAAUUGUGGAGUUCUUGUCUAAAGUAGAUAUGUGAAUGAGAAUAUCUGAAUAUUUUAAAGAUUUUUCAAUAAUUUUAAGACAAUGUAGGAAUUCUAUGAUUCUGUAAGUAAUUAAGUCUGCAAUUUACCCAUGUUCCCACAGGGAAGCACUGUGGGCUAAGGUGAGGCCUAGAUGAUUGCUGUUAAUUUUUGUCUGUCGAAAAGGCAGUGAGAGUUUGUAAUUAGAUUUCUUCAUUAAAUGACCUAAAAUCAUGGCACAA